GACAAUCAACUCUGUGGAGAUUGUCCGAAACGAUCAUCACCUACCUCCAAAAAUGGCUAUAAGGGCAGCUUUGAUAUUCAACAAUCAUGGUAAACCAAGGCUGACAAGAUUUUAUUCUCAGCUGCCUACAUCGCGACAGCAAGCAUUAUUGCAAAAGACGUUUGCACUUGUUCAUAAACGUACAACAAGUGCUUCAUCUUCUUCUUCGGGGAGAGAAGCAUGUAAUUUCUUGGAUGCUCCAGAGUUGAGACCUUUAUUACCCCCUCCUGCAACAAGAAUAGAGAAUGAAUUGACUAGGGAUGUAGGCAAGUAUGAAGACGAUAUCGAUAUUCGGACUUCAACAAAGCCGACAAGAAGGCAAGAUGAUCAAUUACGAGUGAUCUAUCGACAUUACGCAACGCUUUAUUUCGUAUUUAUCGUUGACGAAAGUGAGAGUGAACUCGGUAUAUUGGACUUGAUCCAAGUAUUCGUAGAAGCAUUAGACAGAUCGUUUGAAAACGUAUGUGAGCUAGACCUAAUCUUUCAUUUUGAUGAAGUACAUGGAAUAUUGGACGAAAUCAUUCAAGGUGGUUUGGUUCUAGAAACCAAUAUAAGUGAAAUCGCUCAAAAUGCAGAAUUAGCAAAUAAAGCAAGAAAAGCUUCGGCUUCAACCAAUUCUAUAACCGGUUCAGCGGGUGUGAUUCCAGGCAUGGGGGGAAAUGCGGGUGUCAAUGCAUCUGCUUGGACACCACCUGCAGGAUUGGGAGGAAUGCCAUGGGGCGGAGCAGCUGCUCAAGUUGGAGGCUGGGCUCGUGAUUGGGGAGCGAGAUUAGGCUCCGGAAACACAAUGACAGGCGGUUCUACUUAUGGAAGAAUACAUCAUUGA